GUCAAAUAUAAAAAUUUUUCUCGAGUUGUCAAAUAUCAAAUUAAUAACUACACUUGUUUUCAUGAGACUGCUGCAGUACAUUCCUUUUUAUAUAUCGGGUCUUGUUAAAUCUUAUUAUGCCAAAUCGGUCGAAUAUCGUAAUAAAGGGUAAGUGUACGCCUGAAGGAGGUCGAUGUAGCGAAACUUUCUCUGACAAAAAGUCCAAGAAAUUUCAACCUGGAUUUUUAGGAGCUGCCGAACGUCGUAAUUUUCUUCAUGACAUGGUUAAAAGUUUCCCUCAGGCAAUCCAAAAUAGAAUUACAGUUUUGAAGAACGUUCAAAUUGAGCAAAUUGUGAGUGAUUCUGAAUUCCACAAAGCAAUCAGUAGGUUGGAAGUAAAGUACGCUGCCAAGUAUCAGAAGUUUUACGAUCAGAGAUUUGAAAUAAUUUCUGGUAAGUUUGAUCCACUUAAGCAACAAGCAAAGUGGAACGUACCCGUAGAUGAUGAAAAUGCAAAAGGGGACCACAACUUCGAUGAAGCCUUAAAAGAGUACAAGAUACUAUCUAAUAACAGUAUCGGCAUACCCAAUUUCUGGCUCACAAUAUUUCGCAAUGUGGAUGUGAUUGCUCAUUUGGUAGAGAAACAUGAUGAACCUCUCCUCAGAAAACUAAUUGAUAUUAGAGAUAAGAACUAUGACGGAAACUCUUUUACUAUUGAAUUUCAUUUUGAGAAUAAUGAUUAUUUCACUGAUAAGGUGCUCACUAAAAAAUACACUUGGAACUUCGAGCCUGAUAAAAAAAUGCCAUUUCAAUAUGAUGGGCCUCUUGUGUGUAAAUCUGAAGGCUGUCGUAUUAAUUGGAAAAAAGAUAUGAACAUAACAUUAAAGACGGCGAAGAAAGCCUCUAAAGAUAACGCCAAUACAAUCUUAUUUAAAAAUGUUCCACGUCCUUCUUUUUUUCAUUUUUUUAAUCCACCGGUUGUGCAAGAAUCAGAAUCAGAAUCCAUCGAUGAAGAUAUUAGAGAGACCCUAACUCUUGAUUAUGAUUUAGGACUUUUUUUUCGCACACGUAUCAUACCUAGAGCUAUUUUGUACUUCACUGGUGAAUUGGCUGAAUUUGAUCCAUAUUCAAGUGAUGAAGAUCAGUCAGAAAACGAUGACUCAGAUGAUUCAGAUGAUUCGGAUGAUUCAGAAGAUUUAGAUGAUUCAGACGAUUUAAAUGAAGAAGGUGCUGCUGGAGGUGCAUCUGCUACUACUAAUUCCAGCCCAUUAGUGAGCAAUGAAUGUAAUCCUCAAUAAAAAAUGUUGAACAUUUAACUAACAUAUUUCCUAACCACAUCUAUAUCUAUCUUAUAAAAUGCACUUAAGAAUGUCAAUAAAUUCCAAUUUCAUAUA